AUGCUGUUCAGAUCGCCGCAUCCAGACGUUGUCGUUCCAAAACUCGGUCUUCUCACCUGGCUAUUUCCUCAAGAUGAGCCAGUCUCAGAAAGUCCCAUCUGGAUUGAUGCUGUCAAUCCGAGCAAGUCAAUAAGUCCAGCAGAGUUGUUGAUGUGGGCCAAGAGAAUAGGCGUUGGGUUGAAUCAGUUGGGUGUCCAGCCGGGCGAAAUUGUGCUCAUAUACACCCCGAACCACAUGUUCGUCCCUGUAGCCUACGUUGGGAUCGUUGGAAACACUCGAGCUUUCAGUGCUAUCAACCCUGUCUCCACAGUCAAUGAGGUUGUGCACCAGCUCAAGGACUCUCAAGCAAAAGCUCUGCUGGUCCAUCCGAACAUGGUAAAGAAUGCCAUCCUCGCCGCUGAGGAGGUUGGUCUGCCCAAGAGAAGUAUCUUUCAGUUCGACGACGAGUAUUGUGAAGAGGUCGACGGGAUCAAAGACUGGACAACGAUGCUAGGCAACCCUCAAGAAGCAAAGACUAUGCAGUGGAAAAAACUAGGCACGGAGUCCACCACGACAUUGGCAACAGUAAACUACAGCUCUGGUACGACCGGUCUUCCGAAGGGAGUUCGUAUAAGCCACUUCAACUUGAUUGCAAACGUGCUCCAGAGCAUAGCUUGCCUAUGGCCCCAUGCCGACAUCAACCGCGGCCAAGUGGUCCAAGAACGCUGGCUCGGCUUUGUUCCUUUCUACCAUGCUUAUGGGCAGAUGUUUACCACUCUCCUAGCCUUGAAGAUGAACUUCACUGUCUACAUCAUGAAGCAGUUUGUCUUUGCCGACUAUCUGCAGCAUAUCCAGGACUACAAGAUUUCUCAUCUGCAAGUCGUGCCGCCGAUCCUGGUGAUGAUGAUCAAACGACCUGAGACAGCUCGAUACAAUCUGAAGAGUGUGCAGGGUAUAUUCUCUGCUGCAGCACCUCUAUCUAGCAAACUUCAGAGUCUAGUCGCAGAAAAGUUCAAAGUCGACAUAGUACAAGGUUGGGGCAUGACGGAGAUUACUUGUGGCGGAAUCUUGCAGCAGGAAAGGGAUGACGCAGACAUCGUUGGUCAACUCUUGCCCAAUCACGAAUGCAAGCUGGUCGAUGAUGGGGGCAAUGAAGUCGGUUAUGACACACCCGGUGAGAUCUAUAUCCGAGGUCCCAACAUCUGUAUGGGAUAUUUCAACAAUGAGCAGGCAACAAAAGAUACUAUCACCGAGGAUGGAUGGCUAAAGACAGGCGAUAUUGCUAUUGUGGACAAAAGAGGUUUCUUCCAGAUUGUCGACAGGAAGAAGGAGCUCAUCAAAGUCAAUGCGCUCCAGGUAGCACCCGCUGAACUUGAGGCUAUGUUGCUCGAGCACAAUGAUAUCGAGGAUGCAGCGGUCACUGGGAUCAAGCUCUUCGACGAGGAGUGGCCUCGAGCUUACGUGCAGCUCCGAGAUCAAGCAAAAGGUCGAGUAACGCCCAGAGACAUUCAAGAUUGGUUAGCGGCGCGCAAAGCAAAGCAUAAGCAUCUUGUGGGUGGUGUCAUGUUCGUCGAUGAAGUGCCUAAGCUUGCGAGUGGCAAGAUCCAACGCAAAGUCGUGAGGGAAUGGGCAAAGAGAGAUAUUUUUGCCGUUGAGAAAGAGCUGAAUGGUAGAAGCCUGCAUGCAAAGCUUUGA